AUGCUCAUAUCCGAUUAUCUUUUUUGUCCGAGAAAUCUUCAGUCAUUCGCUUCUCAAUAUCUUCAUUUAGUUGUCGUUUCUCUCCGAACUGCAUAUCUAGAGGUUUGCAGUGGCAAACCCACAACUUCCACCAAAUAUCCAUGCUUCAAACCCGACAAAGGUCAUAUUACACGCAACCUCGCUCUUAACCUCUUCACACACACGCAUGGGACCUUAUCGCAUUUAAUAAGGAGUAAGGAAUCCCUGCAUAGCUGCACUAAUGAAGGCGUGGGUAGGGAAGCGGACGCCUCUGUUUAUGGAAGUUUAUGGAAAUGCGGAAAAGAGGGGCCGGUUACCAGUGAUCUAUCGUGUAUUGUCACUCGUUAUUUAAGCCGCCAUUGUUGCGAUUUACUUCCGCUAUCAAUAGAAGACUACCAUCCUCCGUCGGUGGCCAACGAUGAUCUCUCAUUGUGGAGUAAAAUUUUGAACGGGAUCUUACCUCCAAGACUGCAGCUGAGAAGUUGUUGUGGGCAACUAUAG